GAAUUCAAUGAAAUUCCCUUCAUUAGUGAUUUAAAAUAUUAUGUCAUGGAAGACAAGUUUGACACAUUUGUUGAAACUUCAGAUAACCGUGAUGAUCUUUUAAUUUAUUCAAUGAAUGGUGUUGACUCUAACUUUAUUAGUGAUUUUGAUCCACUUGUUGUCAAUUCUCAGUUUGGGAUUUUAAUCAAGAAUAAUAGUUCCAAGAUCAAUCAUUUGAAUGUUAUUUUGGAUUCUAAUGAUCAGCAUAGUGAUUCAUUGAUUUUGUACUUGCUGAAAACAUUUGGAGCGAAUGUUAAAUCGAUUAAUGUUUCCAUCGUUGGAGAAAAUGUUUACAAGUCAAGAUUAAGUCAAAUAUUGAGUAUCUCUGUCACUGUGCAAGAGUAUGAUCCAGAAAAAGAAUUAAAUGGCUUGGUUUUGAAAGGGCUAAACAUUGGCACAUUGGCAGAUGAUAUUGAACAGAGCAAACACUGUGAUUACGACCUACUUUUAUUGAAAGAGCUAUGAAUAUCUAUGAUUAUUUAUUUGGGG